AUGGGCAUUAAAAUUGAUAUGGCAAAUGCAUUUGAUAGAGUCAAUUGGGACUUUUUUCUUCAGGUUUUAUCUCAGAUGGGAUUCAGCUCUCAUUGGUGCAACAUGAUAUCUAAAUGCAUUUCCACUACAAGUAUGGUAGUGCUGGUCAAUGGAUCUCCAGGAAAAUUCUUCAAACCCUCUAGGGGGCUAAGACAAGGGGACCACUUAUCCCCCUAUCUUUUCUUAUUCUGUAUGGAAUCCCUAUCCAGGUAUCUAACCCAUGCUGAAACUCAUCAACAAAUUCAUGGUAGCAAGAUUUGCAAGGAUGCACCGGAUAUCAAUCACCUGCUCUUUGCUGAUGACUGCAUGAUACUCUGCAAAGCUAAUCUUCAGGAAUAUAAUAAUCUCAUUCAGAUUUUUAAGGAAUUUGGUCAAUCCUCCGGACAGUUGAUAAACUUCUCAAAAUCUGGUAUCUUCUUCAGCAAGAACACUGCCAUGGACAUUGCUGAUAAUAUCAAUAAUACUCUGAAGGUUCAAAGGAUUAAUCCAACAAUCAAGUAUCUAGGUUCCCAUAUGUUCACCACAAAAAGCAAAAUCCAAGCUUUCAAGCCUUGUGUAGACAAGCUUAAAUUCAGAUUUGCUGGAUGGAAAACCACUCUCUCUACUGCUGGAGAAAUGACAAUGAUUCAGUCUGUCACUUCCACAACUAGUAUAUACCAGAUGAACUGCUUCAAAAUUCAAAAAACCAUCUGCAAUGAGAUCAAUGCCAUUCAAAGAGACUUUUUCUGGAAUAAAGAACAAGAUAGAUUCAAAUGA